UUCAGUCUGUUAACGGCACGCCAGCGAUGCAGACGCGUUAGCUCCGGCUAAGAGAAACAAACCCAACUACGACAGCCAAGCCAAGCGCUCACUGUUAACUGUAAAUUGUAAAACUGUAUUAACUAGUGCACAGUGGUACCAGAGCGGUUUGAAAGUGCGUGCGCUUCCUGAACGAGUUGCUUAAGUGUUGUUGCCGCUAUUGAAGCUGCUACUGCAUUUUGUUGUGCCAUCAAAGUGGGAGAUAUUUUUUGUACAAAUAGCAGCAAGUGAAAUUUUUAAACGCGUUCAUUGCACUGCCAGCCACGCCCACCUUUGGCCCCAAAUACGCGAGUGGCGCCUGAUAAUUCAGCAAAUUAAUACCAAAUUUCAAGCAUUAAUAGAGAGCGAGAGAGAGGGAGAGGGAGAGAGGAAGAUAUAUCGAAGCUAUAGAGCUGCCCACUUGCAGCAGCUGUAGCUGUAAAGUUUCACAAAAAUCCCAUUAAGAAACAAAACGAAACUCAUUUGGCCACUUGAAUUUGCAUUGUUGCUCUGUUGCUGCCGCUGUUUAUGGCAGUUUGACUAUGAAACGACGCAUGCAACUCAUUGCCGUGUGGCUGGGCCUUUUGGUCUCAGCCAGCUACGCACAGACGCAAAAGGAGUCCUCGGGCAAAUGGUCGCGGCAGCUGGAAUCUGUGGGCACUGCUGACACUGGCGAUGCGCUGGACUGGGUGCCCCUGGCACAGCCGCUGGAUGAAAGCGGCAAAGAUCGCUCGGGCAAUGGCCGUGUGCUCACCUAUUCGCAGUCCUUUCCGCCCAGCGGGCGUUUCGGCGAGCUGAGCAAACCUUUCGAUUAUCCGUAUCAGUUUCAACGUUUUCCCCAAGCAGCACCGCUGCGGCACCAGGGACCACCGCCGCCGCUGAAGAGCAGCGCCGCCCAGGAGCCCACCUCGCAGUCGUUCUUCAAGUUCGAGAUGCCCUUCCACAACGAGGCGAAUCAGCCCAAUGCGCCGCCCACGCUGCAAACGGGCUAUCAGAUACAGCACUCCUUUGGCGGCAGCUCACUGCCCGCUCCCUCCUCGCUGUUCAGUCCACCCUCGCUGUUUGGCCAGCAGCCGCAGCCGUAUUCCGACUUCCAGAAACCACUCGCCCAGGCGCUGAGCAAGCCACUGCAUCAGCAGAACUUCAUACAAGACAAUUUCCCACUCAAGUCUCAUGCCAAGCCCAUACCCACGCAGGCCUCCCUCCAGAGCGUAACGCCACAGGUUUUCCCCGUUGAUCCCGAGCCGGAAAAUGUGUUUGGCUUGAACAAGCCAGCUGCUCCCUCCUCUGCCGCCAACACUAACAGCCAACAGCAGCAGCAGCAGGAGGUCCAACUGCUCUAUGUGCCCUACGAUACGCUGUACAAUCAACAGCGACAGAAUCCGAGCUCCGCAGGACUCGGCGCGAGCAGUAACUUCGAGGUGAACAAGUUCAAUGUGAACGCCGGCCUGCCCGCUGUCAAUCCCUAUCAGAUCAAUCAGUUCUACACACAAGAUCCGAGUGUGGGCAGCGAUUUCUUUAGCCCCGGCACCACGACCCGUCCAAGCACCACCACAACUCAGCCGCAGCACAUCUUCCAGAGCUUUGCCCAGCCGCAAGCCCAGGUGCAAUCGCAGCCACAGUUCACGACAGCCAAGCCCAAGCCGAAGGCACAUCAGCCCCCAUUGGCCAUGUUCCUGCUGCGUCCCAAUGCGCGACCCACCCAGUCGGAUGUGGUUGCGGCGCUGCGCAAUGCGCACACCAUUUCCGUCAUCGAUGCGCCCACCAAGCAGACGCCGGAGAUAUUCGUCGGACCCGCUGGCAUGCCCAUACCCGAUGGCUAUGUCAAGUUCGAUCUGCCCUAUCUGUCGCAGCUGGCGCACAGCCGCGAUCUGCAGGACGUCUCCUUCUUUGUGGCACCGCUCAGCUAUCGCACGCCCAAUGGCUUCAAUAAGAUAUUGCUGCCCGAGCCGCAUGUGGGCUCCAUUGUGAUCAACCGCGCCAAGGAUACGGCUGCCAGGCAGGAGCUCGUCCAGCCUCAGCCCGUGCGUCCGCAGCGUCCGACCAGCACACGCAACCCCUUCGAGAGCACCACUCAACCACAGCGCGCCAUUGCCAGUCCAGCGCCGACGCGUGGCAACAAGUUCAGCUACUAUUACGUGCAGGACGGCAACCAGCAGCAACAGCAGCAGCAGCAACAGCAGCAGCAGCAGGAGGUCAACACGCCUAAGCCCGCCAAGCAGGAGCGCCACAAGAAGAAGCGACCCCAGCAUGUGGCCGUGGAGCAGCCCGUUUAUCGUGCGCCCGCCAAGACACCAAAUCCCUUCGAUACACUGAAUCAAAUUGGAGGCGAUGACUUCUUCAACACACUCAGCACCAAGCCCAGCAGCACCUCAACCACUAGCUCCACUUCCACCUCCACCUCAACCUCCACUUCGACUACCUCCACGACGGCUACACCACAAACGCUCUUCACCUACAGCUCAAGGCCGCAGGUUGAAUUCCCCAGCUCGAACGGUCAACUAUAUCCACAAUUCGAUCCCUCUGGACAGCUGCAGCCGGUGGUGCAGGAGCAGCUGCCACGCCUCACCACCCGGCCGCCCACUUCAACCACAGCCGAGGAGGAGCUGCGCAUGAAGCAAUACUUCCGUCAACAGGAUGCCUUCCGUCAGCGACCACAAACCACCAACCCACCCUUCGAGCAGUCGGUGCAGUACGUCCAAUCCUCCCAAGACUACGAGGCGCCGCAGCCGUCAACGACGCAGAGGACCAAGCAGCGUGUUAAUAUCUAUACGCCAGUGACGACCUCGGACGUGGGCUACAAUGUGGAUCCACAGGGACAGCCUCCGCUGAAUCAUCGUCCCAGCUACAACCAGAACGAGGUCAAUGUGGAGUACGAACCGAAUCCGUAUCAUGUGCCGUCCGAGCUGCCACCGCUGACACCGGACAUACCCGGCCUGGUCAACAAUCUGCAGGAGAAGGAUAAGCUGCCAGCCAGCACAACACCCCUCAGCGAACCCGAGCCAGAAACCCGACCCACACGUCGUCCCUUGCGUACGCGCAAACCUGCCGUCUCAAAGGUAGUGACCACCUCGUCGGUGUCUUACUCCGAGUCGGAGAGUAAUGUCAAGGUGCCCACACAUCGCAUCAGACGUCCCUAUGGCAGUCGCGGCACGGCAUCGGACAAUGCUGGUGAGGAGCAGUCCAGCACCCAGACCAGCACACGUCGUCCGGCCACAUCGCGUAAUCCCUUGCUGCGCAAUCCCAAUCGCAUACGCUACCAGCCCACCACAGAGGAGCGUCAGACACUCAAGACCAAGAAGAAGCACUACAAGGGCUCAAAGAAUGGCAAACCAAGCGAGGAUCAAGAUCUGGACUAUCAGCGCGAUGUGCUCAAGCAGAACUAUCCCGUAUUCAAGGCACCGUCACGUCGGCCCACCAGUCCCACGGCCAUACCCAGCUCCUAUGAUGUGGGCAACACCGAAGGCCCCGCCUCAGAGACCCAGCAAGUGUACACGGUAACGCCCAGCAACAGCAUCGACCAAGACGAGCAGAGUGUCUAUGUGCCCAGCCUGCUGGAGCCCAUGCAAAUAGCGCAGCACUAUAAUGAGUUCUCCAAGGACAACUAUGGACCCGGCUAUUUUCCCAAUCAGGAGGACCUGAAUCCCACAGAGGCCAUUGUGCGCAACGAAGUGAGUCCCAUCUACACAACUCUGGCCACUACCACGCCCUCCACUACCACAACAACGACCACAACAAGAACAACAACCGAGGCACCUGUGACAACAACAACACGUCGCUCGCCCUUCAUACGCCGCAAUUAUCCGCGAGUGAGGACUACAACAACAACCGAAGCCCCAGUGACCAGCACCACCCCAACGACCGAGGAGCGUCCAUCCCUGCGCUCUCGCCUACCACCGCGUCGUGUGGUCAAGGUGCGCCAACGUCAGCGUCGCCCCACGCAUCCUGCCUCCUCGUCGACAGCUGCGCCGGAAGAGGAAGCGGAGCCCGUUACCCAGCGCCAGAAUCUGCGCAAGCUGAGCCGCUACAAUCAGGAGCAGAACGAACAAAAGCCGCAGACAACGACACACACGCCACGUCGUCGGUACAAGCAGCCCUUCCAGCUGGAGGGUCAGGAAUCGCAAUGGUCACCCGCCUCGGAAACGGGCAACAGCAACACCAACAACAACAGCAACAGCUUCAAGCCGCUGAAUCCCAAAUACGGCAGCAAGAGCGAGACGCACAACUUCGACAAUGAGCCAGAGAUUGUGACGGCGGGACCCACAGAUCAACCGGAAACCUACGAAUUCAACGUAGCUGCCAAUCUUGGUGGAUCUGGUGGUGCACAGCGCACCACACCGACGCUCAAGGAACCCAAUCUCAAACCCGAAAAGUCCUUUGCGGAGCUGUUGGAGGAAGUCAUGGGCAAGGCGCCCGAGCAGCUGGCCACCGAGUCGCCCAUAAGCAGCACCAUUUCGCGCCUCAACAGACGCGGCAAGUGGAAGAAGUCGCGCGUCUCGGGCGGCUCAGACAAUGGCGAGAAUUUCGAGACGGCUGAAUCUCAGAAUCUGGGGCCGCAGCUCUACAACUCGCUCUAUGCCGGCAAAGACCCAAAGGCGGAGCUGAAGCUGAAGGAAGCCAUAACAACCACAACGCCCAUGACACCAGCCACUGAGGCACUCACCACCAGCAGCCCCGCUGAGCUGGUGACCACCACAGCUGCAGCGCCCACAACGCCCGCGGAGUACGAGGUGACCACCGUUAAGGCGCCAGAGGCAACGACCACCAUGGCCACCACGUUGGCGAUGAGCGAUGAGAGUGCAACGCGUCGCAUGGACACAGCGGCCGAUGUGGACGAUCUGGACACGCAGCCGAGCAUCUUCUCCGAGGUACGACAACAGCUGCACGAUCUGUUUGCCAUCGACGAGAGCGAGGAUCAGGCGGUAACUGCAGCGCUGGCAGCUGUGGGCAAGCGUCGUCAGGAUUACACCAGCAUCAGGCGCACGAAGCCGGUGGAGAGCACCACAGUGGCGGCCACCGAGGCGCCCGCCGAUGUGCUGGCCAUUACGACGCUGGCAACGCCAUCUGGCGGCAAGGAGGACAACUUCCACAAGGAUCUGAUGCAGCAUGUCGUCUAUGCGACGUCCACAUCCACCAAAGUUACCUCCGAGACAGAGAUCUGUUAUCGUGGCCGUUGCAUACGCUCCGAAGAUUUGCCCGCCAAUCACAAGCUACACUGAGCGAAAUUGAAGCCGGUUGAGAGCUUCGCAUGUAAAUACGAUAGGGCCAAGCGAUACGAGAUAGGUGAGGGCAGUACGAAUUUGGAUAUUCGGAACAAUAUUUACCCUACAUCCGCUUGCAAUUAGCUUUAAAUUACGAAUUAAGCGUAUAUAGAGAGCUACA